AUGUGUAAGAGACCAAAUUUGAAUAAAUGCGUGUUCCAUUAUUUCGAUGAACAAUAUUCAUUUUGUCGGUCCUGUGUCAUCGUAAAUAAUGAAACGAUGGAAGAUUCGAAUAAUUGCAGAUGUGUACAAUGUGCUUUAAGUUCUCUUAAUAAUAGUUGUUUUCAAGACUACUGUACUUCUGGAGAUGAACAAAAAACGUUACAGAACUUUAUUGAACAGUUCAAAUCAAUCAAUGGAGUCUCGGAUAACGGAGUAAGCUUGAAGCCUGGGAAUAAUAAAUUUUCAAGUAAAAAAUUGACUUACUUUGUUGACCAGAAUCAUACCGUUUUCAGAAAUCCUUUGCCAUUCGAAAAAAACCAAUUAAUUUUUGCAAUAUUAGCCUCUUUAACGAAUAGCCAAAACGGCAAGCUAUCACUUGCUGUGGUCAGUGAAGUUGAGAAUGACAAUGAAUACCAGGAUAUAACAGAAACUCAAUUUUGGGGUGGAAGAAGAAGAAAGAACAAAAAACAAUUACCCAAAACAGCUGAUGAUGAAGAUGAUAAUGACGAAGAUCUAGUUGAAGAGAAGCAUAGAGACGACAAAGAAGAAGACGGAAAUAACGAAAAAGAAGGUGAAAACUGUAAUGAAAAUCACGGUGAUGAUGAUGACGAUGAAGGAAGACCUAGAAAACCCCCAUUGCUUUAUACUACAACUGAAGCUUAUACAUCCUAUCUCACCAAACCGAGGGAAAAUCCGGUCACCUAUUCAGUGGAUGAAUGUAAAAAUAUAAGAACAAUAACCGCAAUCGUAGAUACUCUUUACGAUACUGAAACUGAAACUAAAACUGAAACUGAAACUGAAACUGAAAUUUUAACACGAAUUGAAUAUAAGCAAGAUUUUUUCACCACCACAGAAACCAAGGUAAGAGAAAUUACGAAAAUCAUUGGAGUCGGUAAAGUAACAAUUACUGAUUACGAUACAAUUACCGAAACACCAUACGAAAUUGUGACCAAAACUAAGUUCAGAAAAAAACUCACAAAAGUUACUGAAACUUCGACUGUAACUCAAACGAAAACUGCGAUAACCACGUCAACAAAGGCAAAAAGAAGGUGGUUCCCAAGGACGACAACAAUAACAAGUACUACAACCACAACGUUCCCAAGUACGACAACCACAACGUUCCCAAGUACGACAACUACUACUACAACGAGCUUGUUGAUAACUGUGGUCAAUCCAGGUAGGCUCCAGAAAAUAACCGGAAUCAAGUUUGGUCUUUUCAAUGUUAGUGGGGAGGCUGUUCCACCACCAGAUGAGAAAAAUGUGCAAUCAAUAGUGAAAAGAAAUAUAAUCGCCGAUUCAAAUACAAGCACGCAAAGUAGUAUAAUCAAUACAACUACCACGCAAGUGCCUUCUAAAUCAGAACUUGGUUCUGGCCAAUAUAUCUCGGCGGCAUCUCAACUAGACAAAAGGAUUUUCAUUUUCACCGUUAUCACAGUCUCAAUAACUACAUUAACGAUGCUGGGGUUUUCUUACAGGUCGCGAGUGUCUUUUAGAGAUCAUACUGUUGAUGAAUCCGACGAUGAUGAUGAUUGGUCUGAUGAAGAAGUUGAACUUGAUGAAGAAGAUUUCUACUCUCUCCCUAUAAGCAUACCAGAAAAGGGGCUCAGUUUAGACAAAAUGGCACAGCAACUCGGUGUAGAGUAG